AGGGAGUGCAUUUCCAUCCACAUUGGACAGGCUGGCGUGCAGAUGGGCAAUGCCUGCUGGGAGCUGUACUGCCUUGAGCACGGGAUCCAGGCGGACGGGACCAUUCCUGGCCCCAAGCAGGCGAAACCUGUGGAGCCAAAGUCCGAACAAGUGGAUUCUUCUUUUGAGACCUUCUUCUGUGAGACGGCAUCUGGGAAGCACGUACCCCGGGCAGUGUUCAUAGACUUGGAGCCCACUGUCAUUGAUGAGAUCAGGACUGGGACCUACCAUGCGCUCUUCCACCCAGAGCAGCUCAUCAGUGGCAAGGAAGAUGCUGCCAACAACUAUGCCCGUGGCCACUACACCAUCGGAAAGGAGAUUAUAGACACUGUCCUCAGCAGAAUUCGUAAAAUG